CCCACGGGGCGGGGACAGACAUCCGGGUAACGUCAUCACGCCCCGGCCAGGACGUUCCAGCCCCAGACCGGAGCCAGCCGGUGACUGAGCGCUGUCUUGGUUGUCUUGUGGCCGCCGUGGGUCGCCGGUAACGAAACCCGGGAGCGGACGGUCCUGACAGUGAAAAAGCAGUCUGGCUCCCGAGGUCCACUCCCUACACCCCAAGGUCCAGAUGGCGGCCAACGUGGGUGAUCAGCGCAGUGCAGAUUGGUCUUCUCAGUACAGCAUGGUGGCCGGGGCCAGCAGAGAGAAUGGCAUGGAGACCCCCAUGCACGAGAACCCUGAGUGGGAGAAGGCCCGGCAGGCCCUGGCCAGCAUCAGCAAAGCGGGCGCUGCCAGCAGCUCCAAAGCCAGCAGCAGUGGGUCUGUGGCCAGUGCACAAUACGUGUCUCAGGCAGAAGCCUCGGCUCUGCAGCAGCAGCAGUACUAUCAGUGGUACCAGCAGUACAACUAUGCCUAUCCUUACAGCUACUACUACCCUAUGAACAUGUACCAGAGCUAUGGCUCUCCUUCCCAGUAUGGGAUGGCCAGCUCCUACGGCUCAGCUACAGCCCAGCAGCCAUCGGCUCCCCAGCACCAAGGGACUCUGAACCAGCAGCCUCCAGUCCCUGGCAUGGAUGAGAGUAUGGCCUACCAGGCUUCCCCUCAGCAGCUACCUGCAGCCCAGCCCCCUCAGCCCUCAAACCCCCAACAUGGGGCACAUGGUCUAAGCAACGGCCCUCAGCCUGGAACAGCCCCAGCCACUCAGCUCAGUCAGGCAGGGGCACCUACAGGCCAGGCCUACGGGCCACACAGCUACAGCGAGCCUGCCAAGCCCAAGAAGGGUCAGCAGUUGUGGACACGCAUGAAACCAGCCCCUGGGACUGGAGGUCUCAAGUUCAACAUCCAGAAGCGGCCAUUUGCUGUCACCAACCAGAGCUUCAACUCCAAUGCAGACGGUCAGCACAAUAGCUUUGGCCCCCAGCCCAGCUCUGAGAAAGCUCAGAACCACAGUGGGCCUUCUGGCCGGGGAAACCUGUCUGGGAAGCCAGAUGAUUGGCCUCAGGAUAUGAAGGAAUAUGUGGAGCGCUGCUUCACUGCCUGUGAGUCAGAAGAGGACAAGGACCGGACAGAGAAGCUGCUCAAGGAGGUGCUGCAGGCCCGGCUCCAGGAUGGCUCUGCCUACACCAUUGACUGGAGCCGAGAGCCUCUGCCUGGACAAUCUUGGGCUUGGUCCCUUUCCUGCACCACAGUGGCUGAGUUGCCGGGGCUGACCAGGGAGCCUGUGGCUGAGAGCCCCAAGAAGAAGCGGUGGGAGGCCCCUAGCAGCCUUCACCCUUCCAGGGGGGCAGGCUCGGUGACCAGGGGCGGGGGUGCCCAAUCCCAGCGAGGGACACCUGGGGCUGGGGGUGCUGGCCGAGCUCGGGGUAGCAGCUUCGCCAAGUUCGGCAACCGCAACGUCUUCAUGAAGGAUAACAGCUCUUCCUCCAGCACGGAUUCGCGCUCCCGCUCCUCAUCCAGGUCCCCCACCCGACACUUCCGGAGAAGUGACUCCCACUCAGACUCUGACAGCUCCUACUCAGGGAACGAAUGUCACCCUGUAGGCCGCAGGAAUCCACCCCCCAAGGGUCGGGGUGGUCGCGGGGCCCACAUGGAUCGAGGUCGAGGCAGAGCACAGCGUGGAAAGAGACACGACCUAGCUCCCACCAAACGCAGCCGCAAGAAGAUGGCAGCGCUCGAGUGUGAGGAUCCAGAGCGUGAGCUGAAGAAGCAAAAGAGGGCAGCCCGCUUCCAGCAUGGCCACUCACGCCGUCUGCGCCUCGAACCUUUGGUGCUGCAGAUGAGUAACCUGGAAAGCAGUGGAGCUGACCCUGACUGGCAGGAGCUGCAGAUUGUGGGCACCUGUCCUGAUAUCACAAAGCACUAUCUGCGGCUCACCUGUGCCCCAGACCCAUCAACUGUGCGACCUGUGGCCGUUCUGAAGAAGUCUCUGUGCAUGGUCAAGUCCCACUGGAAGGAGAAGCAGGACUAUGCCUUCGCCUGUGAGCAGAUGAAAUCCAUUCGGCAGGACCUCACAGUGCAAGGCGUCCGGACAGAGUUCACUGUGGAGGUAUAUGAGACCCAUGCCCGCAUUGCCUUGGAGAAGGGUGACCAUGAAGAAUUCAACCAGUGCCAAACACAGCUCAAGUCGUUGUACGCGGAAAACUUGGCAGGCAAUGUGGGUGAAUUUACUGCAUACCGAAUCCUCUACUAUAUCUUCACCAAGAACUCUGGAGACAUCACCACGGAGCUGGCAUACCUCACGAAGGAGCUGAAGGCAGACCCCUGUGUGUCCCAUGCAUUAGCACUUAGGGCAGCCUGGGCCCUGGGCAACUACCACCGCUUCUUCCGGCUCUAUUGUCAUGCACCUUGCAUGUCUGGCUACCUUGUGGACAAGUUUGCAGACCGGGAGCGCAAGGCCGCCCUCAAGGCCAUGAUCAAAACCUUCCGCCCUGCGCUGCCCGUCUCCUACCUGCAGGCCGAGUUGGCCUUCGAGGGCGAGGCCGCCUGCCGGGCCUUCCUAGAGCCCUUGGGCCUGUCCUACACGGGCCCGGACAACUCCAGCGUGGACUGCCGCCUCAGCCUGGCGCAGCUGCCAGCCUUCUGAGCACCCAUCAAGCACGGGCGGGGGCAGGGCUGUGGCCCAGUGCCGCCUUUGCGAAUUAUUUUGUUUUUGAGCCAUGGACAUGGGUUGUAAAUUAAUUUGUGGGGAGUGGGCUCCAGGAAGAGCCAACAUCCCUAGCCCCGUUUCCCACCGGGGACCUGUACAGAGAUUUUUCUACGUUUUUAUUUUUUGUCUCAGAGGGGAUAAUUGGGAGAAUAGUGGAGGAGGGUCGGGUGGGGGCUACAGUUUCUGUGUCCACCUCUCAACUCCACUAAUGCUGUCUCAGUAUUUUUUCUCUCUCUCUCUCGAGCUCGUACUCCAGCACCUGACCCUGCGUGCUGGCCCAUCCCAUGUUGGGGGGCCAGCAGAAAGAAGACAGGCCGUCCAGCCCAUACCCGCCAGCAGCGGGGCACCAGCCAGCCACACCCAUUGCCUCGUCUGCCUUCAUAGACUCUUGCUGCCCAGCCUUUGGGGCCUCAGUGUUUGGGGUGAGGGGAGCUGUUUAAAGACUAUGCCCCACCUUCAACCCCUCACCCCAGAAAAGCCAGCCAGCAUCACCGACACAGCCAGACCAGCGCCACACCGCACUGAGGACUCCAAGGCCUUCGCGGGACCAUGCCGGCCGGGCUGCCUCGUCUUACUAAAGUUGUAUUAAGUUGUCUGAGUGUCCCUUCCUCCCUCUGCCCCAAUGUUUCUUCUGAUUUUUUUUUCCCUUCCCUCCCUUCCUCUUCCCCUUCCCGCUCCCUGGUUCAACACAGGUAAAACGGUUACCCUCCCUUUCCUCCCCUCUGCCUUCAUGGAUCACCAGCUCACGUCAUGUUUCCUUCUCUUUUCUCUGUGUGUGUGUUUAUUUAAGUUAUUUUUCUUUCUCCCCUUUUCUUUUCAACCCUUCUCCCUUUCUGCCAUGUAACUGGAGGAUGUGCUAUGAGGUUGCAAACAGCUGGACUGUCAGGCUGCUUUUUUUCCAGAUGCCUCCCUGCCUCCCUUCCCUACCUCUCCCUUCCCUUCCUUCAUUCACCUUGAGCAUUGAGUACAGUACAUUUUGGAAGCUUGAAACCAUUAAAGAGAGAGAGAGAGAGAG